AUGACAUCAUCCUGGCAGCAUGCAGGUUGGUUGCACAGCAUUCUAUCUUCAGUGCAGUUGGGCGCUCGACACUUUCAGGCUGCUAUUUCUUUAGUGAACUUGAAGUGUGGUUACCAACUACGUCAACAGCUACCAGAGAAGAAAAACUCACCAGUCAUUAUGGCAGAGUGUCUCUUCUCAGGACUAAGGUGGAUUUUAAAGAAGUGCUGCCCCAGAAAACUAGGCAAAUAUUUCAACAGGCUCAAAAAGACUUCCGAUAAUGUUCCAACACAUAGCACAAGAGAUGAAAACAGCGAGCUCUUCACAGACAGAACCUUUCUGCUGAAGCGAAAGAAAGAAGGUAGCAGUACAGAAAACAGAAUGAGACUGAGGAAAAGGAGGAUAUGUACUGCUAACCGCCUGUAUAUCAGGAAAAAGGAGACAACAAAGCGCAGAAGAACCAGCACAGGCAGCUAUGAACAUGAGCGGAAGAGGCAUAGAAAUAACGAGAGCCAUGAUCUGGGGCAGCAGGUGAAACCAACAGCAGAUGCACACCUGGAGGAGUACAGGAGCAGGAGGAUGAAGGUUCCCAGGAAAAGGCGCAGAAGUGAGGACUGCAGCCUGGCCGCAAAACGAUUCAGGAACCUUCUCCCCAUGUCGGUGUCCUGCUUAAGGUUUCAUUUUCAACUGGGACAAGGGAGCUUUGGAAAGGUCAUGUUGGCCUCUGUUCCUUCCAAGGAUUCCUUAAUAGCGGUAAAAAUGAUACGCAAGAGAUCUAUGAAGUCUCUGCACAUCAUGAGAGAGAGGAGGAUUCUGGAGGUAGCUAGGAACAGCCCGUUUCUAUGCCACGGGUAUGCAGCUUUCCAGACAGAGACCUGUGUGUUCCUCGCCAUGGAGUUUAUGGCUGGAGGAACCUUGGAGUCUUAUAUGGAUAGUGUUGGCUACAUGACACAGAACACAGCUGCAUUCUACUCUGCAGAGCUGGUCUGUGGCAUCCAAUUCCUCCAUUCCCAGGGCAUCAUUCAUAGAGAUCUGAAGCCGCAGAAUAUCUUACUUGAUCGUGAGGGCCAUGUCAAGAUCAGUGAUUUUGGUCUUGCUGUAGAAGGUGUUUUUGGAAGUACAGUGAGAGGACAUUGUGGAACACGUCUAUACAUGGCCCCAGAAAUAUAUCUAAAGAAGCAAUAUGGUGUUGCCGUCGACUGGUGGUCCUUCGGGGUGAUUCUCUUCCGCAUGCUUAACGGUACUUUUCCCUUCUUCACUGGCUACUGCAAGAAGGCAACUGUCCAUUCUAUUAUCAAUGGCAGGCCGAAAUACACCAAGGCAUUAAGCCAAGAAGCUGUGGAUAUACUGACUUGUCUGUUAAAGAAAGAUCCUCAGCUUCGCCUCUGGAUGACUGAAUACAUCAGGGAGCAUCCGUUCUUUGACAGCAUCAAUUGGGAAGACAUAGAGAGCAGGAGAAUACCUCCCCCGUACCAGAAGGCUGAAAGACCCAAUCGCCGCUUCAAGAACAUCCAACCCAUACCACCAGUUUUGGAGAUCCCAGAGGACACUGCCUCUCCAUCUAGUAACCAGAUCCUGUCUGACACCUCCUCUUUAUUUAGUGAUCAGAGCCUGGCCGGCGUGUCCUCUUCAUCUAGUGACCAGAGCCUGUUCGGCUUCUCUUUUGUCACUCCGGACUGGAUGUUUUGA